AUGACUUUGAAAUUUGGCAUGCUGAGACAUGAAAGUAUACUAUGUCUGGCUGAUCAGAUUCAGUUCACCGAACAAUGCGAAGCAGCAAUCAGAGAAAACAGUCUCCAACAGUUCCUUAGUGAGGUCGAGGGUCAACUCGAUGCAUAUACCCAGGCCAAUGUUCAGAUCGGUGGACAGACAGGUGUCCUAGAACUCAAACUGAAGGCAUUAAUUUUGGACACAAUUCAUGGAAUAGAAGUCGUUCAACUUCUUAUGAAGAACAAUAUCACAAGUACAGAAGAAUGGCUGUGGCAAAAACAACUACGCUACUAUGUCAGAGGGGAUGGCAUCGCUAUAAUGCGCAUGGUGGACGCAGAAUUUGAGUACACAUAUGAGUAUCAAGGUAAGCCUCCUCAUUCUUAAAUUACAUUUGUUAGCGUUUCAAUUCUCAUCACGGUCUAAGCGAAGACCUUUUAUAGCAAUGGUUUUAGCGUAGUGACUUUAGUAAGACCGUCUAAGUGAUAAAGCCAGCUUUAUUCGAGGAGUUAAGACCAUUUUAUA